CGCUUGCCAGAAAGAUCGAGAGCCUCUAGCAAACAAAGCAGCUUGUAUCUGUAGUAUGUAGCAAUCCUCUUCAGUAUCGGCGAUGUCAGCUUAUGCUAUCGAUAAGUGGAACGUGCUAGACUUCCAGAUGAACUAGACGAUACGCACCCUUCGCUGCGAACGAAGUCGAAAUCCUUUGUGCUUGGCUAAAAGCGCCAAAGCUACUACAUUCCGUAGGCUAACAAGAUAUUCCGCUCUCCAGGCAUCUAUUUCAUCAGGGUAUAUGAAAUACGAAAGGUCCAAAUAUUGUCAUCCUUCAUCACUUUCCCUCCACAAAGUCUCGAAAUCACCGACACUCUACAAUACCUGGAAGACACUUUGUCAUUCUCAGACCCACAAAAUGCCCCCAAAGAAAGCACCCAAAGCAGCUAAAGAUGGUCCAUCUGAUGGUAUGGAUUCCUUUGCCUUAAAUCAUGACGAGAGCGCACUCCUCUGGGCCAUGAUGGGCGAAAUGAACCUGCUGGAUCGAACCAAAGGUAUCACCUGGGACGUUGUCAGAGGUGCUGUCCAUUCAACAACCCCAGAAGCUGCGAAGCGAAGAUGGUACACUCUCUGUGCGAAGAUGGAGAAGAAAGGUCACCCACUUCCUGAAUCGGCAGGUAAAGCAAAGCCACAACCAAAGGAGAAGAAGGCAGCAGGGAAGAAAGGAAGUAAAGUUGAAGAAGCAGACAAGGAAGAGUCUGAGGAAGAAGAGGAGGCCAGCGGACCAGCACUAAAGGCCAACAAGAGAAAGGGAAAGGGUCCAGAGAAACCUCCAAAGGCCAAGCGCCCCAAGAAAGAAGAGCUUAGCUCACGAACGGUCGAGAGCGAAGAUGAGGCAUCUGAGGAAGCUCAGGAAGUCAGUCGAGAGGUAAUCGAUGACUAAGAAGCUGGCAAUGAACCAGCAUCCCACGAAGAACAACUCCAGGGAGCUCAGGCUGAGGAUGAGGAUGAUGGAAAUGAGGCAUAGGCUGGUAAUCGGACAGUGUAAAUUGGUGGCAUGACUCCAUAUGAGCGUACUUAUGCGGACGAAUAGCUGUAUUGGUGAUGGGAGACGGAUUUUGGUCCUUUUUGAAAUAUGGAUCCUGGAUGCGUAUGCAAGAUUUGCUUGUCCAAGACUAUUGAUACUUGGUGGACUGGUGAAGCGCAUUGCUCUUGAGAUGAGAAAAUAUCAAUAUCAUACCCUACUCGAGUCCCUUAGAUUGAGA